AUGAGCCACCACGGUCCCUUCUCGGACACCUCGUCCUUCUACUCGGGGCACUCGGGCUCCUCGCGCUCCUCCUCGGCGGGCUCGGGCUCGUACGCCAGCUCGGGCGGCUCCGUGUGGUCGGCGACUCCGUCGCGGUCGUUCGUCUACACGGAGGGGAGCGGCGGCUACGACGGCGUGCGCGGCGCCGUGACACGCAAGCGCGACAAGCACGACGACCGCCGCACGCGGUUCGCGGCGCACUUCCUCAGCGGGCCCUUCGCCCAGUCCAAGCCCAAGAAGCACAGCCACGGGCAUUCCGACUCGCGGUCUGUCUUUAGCUCGGGCUCGAGCUCGAGCCGGAAGAGCCACCGGCAGCACGGCGGAGGCGGGCCUAGACCGCCACCCAUGAUGGGCCCGCGCUUCCGGGAGGGCCCGCCGCCGCAGUUUCAUCCUGAUUUCCGGGGCGGGCCGCCGCUGAUGGGGGGACAUCCGCAAAUGCCGCCACCGCCGCCGCAGCACUUCCAUGAUGGGCACCAUCAGGGUGAAGGUGGAGGUGGUGGUGGAGGCGGUGGAUUCGAUGCCGGUUUCAUUCAGCUUGGUGGUGGUGGGGGUCCGCAGCAGGGCCCGCCUCAGCCGAGGCCGGAUCCCGUCUGGGGCCACGAUGCGCAGUGGGAGGAAGGGCCUGAGGUGUACGACUGA